CGUCUUUCGGCUUCAGGAAUCUCUUCUCCUCCUCCUCCCUCCAAUUCCUUCACCGGAAAUGUCGACCUACGAGACGCUCCCGAUCUCCACCUCCUCUCCAGGCUUCGUAUCGCUCACCACGUGGUGUCCCUGGCGGGAGCUCGCCGACGUCCGCGCCCUCGGCCGCCCGGCCGGCCUCGGCGAGGCCUACAUUCGGACCCGAACCAACGCCGCCCACUUCUCCAUGAACUAUGCCAUCAUCGUCCUCCUCUUCGUCUUCCUCAGCCUCCUCUGGCACCCUCUCUCCCUCAUCGUGUUUGUCGCCUCCAUGGCCGCCUGGCUGUUCUUCUACUUCCUCCGGGGCGAGCCCCUCGUCGUCCUCGGCUGGGUUAUCAGGGACCGGGUCGUCCUGAUGGGCCUAGCGGUGGUGACGCUGGUUCCGUUGCUGAAGACCAACGCGACGGCCAACAUACUGACAUCGCUGUCGGUCGGCCUGCUCCUGGUUGUGGUACACGCGGCGCUGAGGCGGACCGACUACGCUUUCGUGGAGGCGGAGGGGCCGUGCUACGCCGCUUUCGGAUCUGCUCCCGCGUCUGUGCAGUCUUCGAGAUGACAAACUGUAGACUCUCCAAGAAGAAUGGCCGAGGUUGGGACCAUGCACGAUGUUGACUAGAGAAGGCGAGUGGAAAUGCUGAAUCGCACAAGGAAAAGGCUAAAACACAACGAACAAACUUUAUCACCCAGUCAAACCCGCCGUCUCAUGUUCUCCUCAACAAUUGUACUGCCACGAUGCAUAAUAACAUCUGUGGCAUUGUAUGACUCUGAUAAGAAUAAUAGAAUUGGGCUCCAUCAUGCUGCUGCU